GGACGACUACACAUAAAACCUUGGACUCAAAUUAUGGAUAAAACUAUUGCAUGAAGCUGGCGGGGGGGCUGCGUGGUGUGCUUUUUGAGGCCCAGGCUACUUAGAUAACAGUGAAGUUGAGGAGAAAUGAGAAAACGGUGAUGUGGUACGAAGAAGGAGAGAAUAGGAGCCAGAGAGAGGGAUACAAAUCGCCCAGGGGGAUCUGAGCAGCUCAGCUGAAGAAUACUGGAAUCCAAGUUUCCAAGGAUAAGAUAGCUGCUUUGAUUAAGGACCUCCAAUUAACUUCCAUGUGAAAGAGAGAGGGAGGAAAUCAGCUUCCUGGUCAGGGGGUGGGGGAUAGAGAGAGAUAUUCAUGCCUUGUGUUGGAGCAAUUGGAGAACCGGCUUUGCUGUGGCCUAGAUGAUGCAUAUAUAUGUAUUUAUAUAUGUAUUAAAGUAGUAAACCCUAAGAGGAAGAGUGGACCUUAACAAACAAAAAGAAAGGGCGGAUGACACUCGGGUAGCCUCAAAGUAAAGCAUUUGCGCAAAAAGCAAAAGGCUGAAGUGGGUUGAAGCAUGGGCUGUGCUUCAAGUAUUCAUAUCUCUGAUAGGGUGGUCUACCACAGUGGAAAAGAGUCCGAGGAUUCCCACUCACCCCAGCAGACUAAUACCACUCAGCAUCAAGGAAAUCCUGCCUCGGGACUACCCCUAAAACCCCUGAGCUGCAAGACCACAUUAACAGAGGUGCAAUUUGGACCAAUGAAGUUAUUUAAAGACCCACUUCAGGUACUUUUAGUUUUUGCCAAAGAGGACAGUCAGAGUAAUGGCUUCUGCUGGGCAUGUGAGAAGGCCAACUUCAGGUGCAGCAUGGCACGAACACCCGAGUCGGCUCUUGAAUGCUUCUUGGAGAAGCAUCAUGACCUCGUCAUCAUUGACCACAGACAUUCCAGACACUUUGAUGCGGAAGCACUAUGCCGGUCAAUUAGAGCGGUCAACUCUUCAGAAAACACUGUGAUAGUCGCCGUUGUGAAAAGGCCAGACAGAGAGGAAGCCUCUGUGAUGCCCCUGAUCAAUGCCGGCUUUAAUAGGAGAUAUGUGGAGAAUGCCAAUAUGAUGGCCUGCUAUAAUGAGCUGCUACAGUUGGAGCAUGGAGAAGUGCGGGCGCAGUUCAAACUCAGGGCUGGAAAUGCUAUUUUCACAGCUCUAGAACAAAGCCAAGAGGCCAUCGAGAUCACUUCUGAAGAUCAAGUAAUUCAGUAUGUGAACCCUGCCUAUGAGUCCAUUAUGGGCUACCAACGAGGCGAGCUAAUAGGGAAGGAAAUAAUAGAAGUGCCUAAAAGUGAGAAGAAUAAGCCUGAUCUCCUUGAAACAAUAAAUUCCUGCAUACGGAAAGGAAAGGAGUGGCAGGGGAUUUAUUAUGCCAAAAAGAAGAAUGGAGACAGCAUUCAGCAAAAUGUGAAGAUCACACCUGUAAUUGGACAGGGAGGAAAAAUCAGACACUAUGUGUCUAUCAACUGGCCUUUAAAUGAUAAUAAUAAGAGUGAUAAAUCCACUGAACGUGUGCAGGCAGAGUCUCAAACAGACAUCCAAUCCAGUAAGCACAAAGACCGGAGGAAAGGCUCUCUGGACGUAAGAUCCACAACGUCUCGGGGGAGUGAUGGGAGCUCACAGCGAAGGCACUCCUCAAUGGCCCGAAUCCACUCCAUGACAAUAGAAGCUCCCAUCACCAAGGUAAUCAACAUCAUCAAUGCAGCGCAGGAAAGCAGUCCUAUGCCCGUGGCAGAGGCCUUGGAUCGGGUACUGGAGAUCCUGAGGACAACUGAGCUCUACUCCCCACAGCUGGGCACCAAGGAUGAAGACCCCCAUACAAAUGACCUCGUAGGGGGGCUUAUGACGGAUGGUUUACGCAGAUUGUCAGGAAAUGAAUACACCUUGUCCACAAAACAGGCCCACCAUAUCCCCAGUCACCUGACAACUCCUCUGACUUUAAAUGACAUCCCCCCUCGUAUUGCCCAGACCAUGGAGAAUGAGGACUCAUGGGAUUUUGACAUCGUCAACUUGGAGGCUGCAACCAUGAAGCGGCCGUUGACUUACUUGGGCAUGAAGAUCUUCUCCCGAUUUGGCGUCUGCGAGUUCCUAAACUGCCCUGAGGCCACUUUGCGCUCCUGGCUACAACUGAUUGAAGCUAACUACCACUCCAGUAACUCCUACCACAACUCUUCUCAUGCAGCUGAUGUCCUGCAUGCAACGGCGUACUUUCUCUCCAAGGAGAGGGUCAAGCAAAGUUUGGAUCCAAUCGACGAGGUGGCUGCCCUGAUUGCUGCCACUGUGCACGACGUGGACCACCCGGGACGCACCAACAGCUUCCUGUGCAACGCAGGAAGCGAGCUGGCCAUCCUCUACAAUGACACUGCUGUGCUGGAGAGCCACCACGCAGCGCUGGCCUUCCAGAUCACUACCAGAGAUGAUAAGUGCAACAUCUUCAAGAACAUUGAAAGGAAUGAAUAUCGAACACUUCGACAGGCCAUCAUUGAUAUGGUGCUCGCAACCGAGAUGACCAAACAUUUCGAACACGUCAACAAAUUUGUCAACAGCAUCAACAAGCCACUGGCUGCUCUGGAGGAGAACGGGGGAAACAAUGAUGAGGAAUCUGUAAAAAGCGUUUUGACAUCCCCUGAGAAUCGCAUCCUCGUCAAGCGGAUGCUGAUUAAGUGUGCAGACAUCUCCAAUCCAUGCAGACCUCAAGAGCUCUGUAUAGAAUGGGCUGGACGCAUCUCAGAGGAGUAUUUUGCACAGACGGACGAGGAGAAGAGACAAGGUCUACCGGUGGUUAUGCCUGUGUUUGACAGAAACACGUGUAGCAUCCCAAAGUCCCAGAUUUCCUUCAUAGACUACUUCAUUACAGACAUGUUUGAUGCAUGGGAUGCUUUCGCAGACCUCCCCAAUCUUAUGCAGCACUUGGACAACAACUUCAAGUACUGGAAAGGCCUGGAUGAGAGGAAGCUGCACAGCCUGCGACCGCCUCCAGAGUAGGCCGCUGCAGUGUUCAGACCUGGGACUCUGCAGUCCAGGGCAGCCCUCCUCUCUCCUGCUGGGGCAUCUCUCUCCCUGCCAGCCCAGCCAGCCAAAAGGCCUCCUCGCCUUCACUCUCCUGCUUCUGUAGCACGCUGAACGUCCACAUAUCCGUCCACACAGAAACCACAGAGGGACUUCCUGAGAGGCCGUUUGCAGCAGUGACACUGCUGGCUUUACAACCCUGUCGGAUGAAAACUGUGACAAACAGACGCUGACACACAGCAUCCUUAUGAACUUCUCGUGCCUCUCGGCCAUUCGCAGUGUAGCUGGUCAAGUGACAUGACUGAGAGAAGGUCCUUACAGGCAAAGCAACCAUCCCCUAAUUACCACAUAGGCACUCCUUUCUGCCUGUGAAGUUGCUGUUUUGAGUAAAAACUGCUUGUUUACGGAAGGUGCGAGCAACACUGGAGGAGUGGGUGGAAGUGUGACUUGGAUAUUAAGGUGUCCAAUCCACGUCAGGCCAUAUAGUCACCUUUGACGUCCAUCCCUGUGCUCGCAACAAGGCAGGACUGCUCCUUCUGCCCCUGGAGGCCACAUCAUGGAAUAACACUCCACUGCUCUUCUUUUCUCUUCUUUUUUUGGCAAUAUUUUCAUGUGUCCUUCAGAAACGCAUCCAAGUUGACACGACGCUGGCAUAACAGACAUGUGGGAGGGGAUGCUUUCUUUAUGGGUCAGGGAGUGGGUCUUUACUUUAGGCCACUGCUGAGAGAAAAAAACCUCAACAUCAUCAUCAUAGGUAACUAAUUACAGAUGAUUUGGUUUGUUAAUUUUUCUUAGAUGUUCCAUAUUUUCUAUAUUAAGAUUCACAAACGAAUGAGUUGAUAAAUAAAUAAGAACAAAUUGAAUUUCAGAAAGAGAGAGAAAAGCCAAAGCUGAUGAAGACAAAUACUACUAUAGCUCUAAAAAUGAAUCAGUUAUUGAAGUCAUAUGAAGCAUUACCAUAAUAAACAUUUUUAUUUUCUUAUAAAAAGUACAGUACCAGUUUGAAUGAACACUUUUGUAUUGCACUGUAAACAAUAUUACAAAUGUCUACGUCUCAGUGAUUUGUCCAGGGAUGGGAUGUUGCAUUGUAGAAUAAGCUGUUAUUGUUGAUCAUCAGGAGUUUGUGUGUGUGUGUGUGUGUGUGUGUGUGUGUGUGUGUGUGUGUGUGUUUGGGUCGUAGGUGUGGGCACGUGGGUGUAUUCAUUGUUGCAACAGUCCCUUACUCUUGGUUUAAUGCUGUAAACCGCUUGACAUUUGACAAAUAUGUGAAGACAUUUUGGACUUGAAAAUUUUUUCUCCCAGAAAUUUUUGUAUCUGGUUUAUCCUACUGAAAAGACUGCCUUAUUUUAUACAAUAUUUAUACAGUACAUCCCACUGUGCAACUGCAACGGACAUCUGGAGUUUUUAUUAUGACAUAGUCAGAAGGUUAUGUUCAAGUAAAUCUCAAUAUUUUUAUAGACAAUGAAUUUUACACUGGAUUUGCAGCAAACAAGAACAACCAUUAUAGCUAUCUGAAUACCUGUGAAUUGGAUGGUCACACUCAGCAUGUAUACAGAGAACUAAAUGGUUAAGAAGGAUGUGGAUCGCAGAGUUGUCUAUCACUGUCUUGAAGCAGUCUCCUAGAGGCAAGCUUGCAUUGAUUUUUUGAUCAAACACCAUUCUAUUUUGUCCACUUGUCCAACAUCCUUAUGCACAGACCCAGGGAACAGCUUUAUGUUCAAGGCUGGUUUCAGAUUAGGAUACUAAUAUAUGUUAAAGAUUGUUGCUUAUUAAGAAUAUUUCCUCUUUAAACAGUAUAUAAAUGCCAUAACAGCUAAGCAAAUGAUGGUUAAUGAGAUGUUUUGACCACGGUUAUCUUUGUUUCUCUCGUAUGAAAGAACUGUACACUCAAUCAGGGGAUUGUUUGUUCCUUCUGAUUCACAUCUUGGUCUGAAGGCACGGGGGAAAAAAAUAGAAACUAUUCAAUGAAAAAUAAAAUAAUGUCAAUUAUAA